CUGUGUGUGUGUGAGUGAAAGAGAGAGGGAUAUGAGAGGUUGUGUGAAUGUGUGGUGGAUCUCCUAAAUUAGGGGAACCUUCAGUUCUGAUAUUCAGUCCUUUUCACAAUAAUAGUCCUCUGGUUUCUGUAACAGCAGUUCCAUCUCUCUAGAGACCAGCUGUCAUUAACUAUAGCGACACUUCUGGUGUCAAACACUAUCCACUCCUAAACUACUGAUGCAGGCCUACUCAGUGUCUCUAUUCAGUGUCUCUGAAUCUCUACUCUGAGUCUCUACUCUGAGUCUCUACUCUUAGUCUCUAAUCUAAGUCUCUACUCUGUGUCUCUAAUGUGCAUCUACUCUGUGUCUCGACUCUGUGUCUCUACUCUGUCCACGUAAAGUCCCGGGCCAGAGGUCCGAGUCCGACACAGCUGCCUCCCCUAGAUGGAGCACGUGCUUCCACUCCCCCCGUCCCGCUACCUCACUGCUCGAGCCCUUUGUAUGAAAUGUGCGCGAGAAGACUCCGCAGUGAGCGGUGCUGAGUGCGAGGAAAACCGCCACCGACCCGGGACACACGCGCAUCAAACCGGAUUCGAGUGCACCGGAUUCAACCACGAGCUGAAACACCGAGUCUCAACUCCCGCGGUGGUUUACCGUGUUGGCGGGAUGUUUAUGUGAAGGAGCGCGACGCGUUUAUCGGGAAGUUUGAUCCGCCGGUGAGACCGCGGACCGACAGGCGCUCGAGCCAACAUCUCGCCCGAAACUUGCCGACUCUUUGUGUUCCGCCGCUUCCAGAUUUAAACUCCUCACCGGACUAUCGUCCCGGGGUACUGAGACCAGCCCACUCUCUACAUCCCGCUCCGGGUGAGCGUCCGUCGGGACCGGGCCGUGCCGACCCUCCGAUCGGCGUCCUGAACCACAUCCCCGGGUCUCCUCGCUCAAAGCGGUCCGAGCUGCGGGGGGCUGAUGGAGGUGAGGGUGUUCCCGCCUCUCCCGCAGACCGCGGCGGAGCGCGCCCGGCUGGGCCAGCUGGCCUACUCCGAGCAGGCUCUGGGGAGCAAGUUGGACGGAGAUUCCAUGUUUCUGGGCGUGUCCAACACAGGACUGGACUUCCCUUCCACUAAUCAGUUUCGUGUACCACAGCCGCCCCUCCCCCCCAGCAAGCUGACUCCGCCCACCCUGGCUGCUCCUUGGAGGAGGGAGAGCAACGACACACACCGGCUGCCCUGGCCCUUCUCUCUGGGCGAUGAGGACUUCAACAUCCCCCCCAUCACUCCGCCCACUCAGCCGGACCACGCCCACGGGGCGUACCACCCCCUGGCCCCCACGGCCUGCCGCCCCAGCACCCACCCCUACCACCUGCAGCCCAUGAGGGCCCAGCACGGGGGGCCGGGCCACGACGGAGACCCCUUCUCCCAGGAGGGCAGCAGCCCUGCCACCAGCACCCUGUCUGUGAUGCAGCAGAUGGUGAACUCUGACUCCCGCUUCACCAGCAGCCAGCAGCCAAUCGACGCAGCCCUGGGGCCCAGGAGCCAAUCAGGUCUGAGCCAGCAGGGUCAGCUGACCACCAUCAACCAAUCCCAACUGGGGCUCGCUACCAACCACUCACCCUCCCCACCAGGAAGUAAAUCGGCCACACCCUCUCCCUCCAGCUCUGUGCAUGAGGACGAGAAUGACGACUCACUGAGGGGGGAGAAGAGACCAGCAGCCUUCGACACUCCUAAGAAAGCCAAAACACCAAAGAAGAAGAAGAGGAAGGACCCCAACGAGCCGGUGAAGCCCGUGUCGGCCUACGCCCUCUUCUUCAGGGACACGCAGGCCAACAUCAAGGCCCAGAACCCCAACGCCACCUUCGGAGAGGUCUCCAAGAUAGUGGCCUCCAUGUGGGACGGCCUGGGGGAGGAGCAGAAGCAGGAGUAUAAGAAGAGGACAGAGACGGCUAAGAAGGAGUACCUCAAACAACUGGCGGCGUACAGAGCAAGCCUCGUCUCCCAGAGCUACAACGAUCCCUCAGACAUGAAGCCCCCGCUCUCCUCCUCCCCCUCCCCCUCCCCGGCCCUGUUUACAUCUAAACCCUCCACCUACCCUGGUCACCCAGGGCAACAACAACCAUCACACCCCGGUCACCCAGGGCAACAACAACCGUCACACCCCGGUCACCCAGGGCAACAGCAACCAUCACACCCCGGUCACCCAGGGCAACAGCAAUCAUCACACCCUGGUCACCCAGGGCAACAUCACCCCUCACACCCUGGUAACCAAGGGCAACAACCAUCACACCCUGGUCACCCAGGGCAACAGCAACCAUCACACCCUGGUCACCCAGGGCAACCGACUUCACACCCGGGUCACCCAGGGCAACAGCAACCAUCACACCCUGGUCACCAAGGGCAACAGCAACCAUCACACCCCGGUCACCCAGGGCAACAACACCCCUCACACCCUGGUCACCCAGGGCAACAUCACCCCUCACACCCUGGUAACCAAGGGCAACAACACCCCUCAAACCCUGGUAACCAAGGGCAACAACAUCAUCCGUCACACACUGGUAACCAAGGGCAACAACACCCCUCACAUGCUAGUAACCAAGGGCAACAACACCCCUCACACGCUGGAAACCAAGGGCAACAACACCCCUCUCACCCUGGUCACCAAGGGCAACAUCCUAGUAACCAAGGGCAACAACAUCACCCCUCACAUCCUGGUAACCAAGGGCAACAACAUCACCCUUCACAUCCUGGUAACCAAGGGCAACAACAUCACCCCUCACAUCCUGGUAACCAAGGGCAACAACAUCACCCCUCACAUCCUGGUAACCAAGGUCAACACUCUGGUCACCAAGGGCAACAACAUCACCCCUCCCACCCAGGGCAACAGCACCCUGCCACCCACCACUCAGGGGUAUACCCACCUUACCCUCACCCCCACCCCCACGGCCCACCAAUCCCCUCCCACAGCCCGAGCCUUAGCCCCCACCUGCCCAUGCACUCCCAGCUCCAGCUCCAGGCGCUGUCCUCCAGGGGGGCGGCCCCCAGGCCUGUGGGCAGCCUCUCCACAGCCUCUCCACCUCCACACCAACUCAGCCCGCCGCUACACAGCCAGGCCCUCCUGGGGGGGCUGCACAGCCCCCACCACCACAGCCACCAGCAGCAGCAGCAGCAGCAGCAGCAGCAGCAGCAGCAGCAGCAGCAGCAGCACCACAGCCACCUCCAGAACCCCCAUCAGAACCUCCACCAAAACCUCCACCAUAGCCCACAUCAUAGCCACAUGCAGCAGCAGCUGGCGGGACACCCCUUGGGCCUGGCCCAUCCUGCUGCAUCACUCAGGUCAUGGGGUCUCUGGUGUUUCCUCCCCCAGGGCUACCCCCACUCUCUCCAGUCAGAGUACCAGCCAAUGGGAGGAGGUAUGCUGAGCAGCAGAGGGAUGAUGUCCUCUCCAGCGGACUACCACCAGCUGGGGCGGCCUGGGCCGCAGGGCUUGGACUGGAGCUCUGAGUACCACGGCAGCGGGGGUCUCCAGAGGGACAAGCACCUGUUCCUGAGCUGAUCCAGGGUCAACGGUCGCCACACACGUCUACACGACCCCGCCGACGACACAGCCUCCCAACAUGACCCCGUCCCCAUGGACUCAAUCCUCCACACCAAACACAGAGAACCUGCAGACACAUGAUUAAGACCUGAGCCUGAAUGGUGCAUAACUGGACACGUCCUGCCCCCCCUCGACCCAAGCCCCUCCUCCCUAUCUGCUCCUCUUCUACUCCGUACUGGACCUCAACUACAUGAGCACUGGGCCUCAACCCAACAGCUUUACCUGAGCCACUACCACCGGUAGUGACCACAGGUCACCGCCACCCCACAAGAGUCCCUACCACCCCAUAAGAGUGACUGCCAACCCAAAAGAGUCACCGCCACCCCACAAGAGUCCCUACCACCCCAUAAGAGUGACUGCCAACCCAAAAGAGUCACCGCCACCCCACAAGAGUCCCUACCACCCCAUAAGAGUGACUGCCAACCCAAAAGAGUCACCGCCAACCAAAAAGAUCGACUGCAACCCCACAAGAGUCACUACCACCCACAGGUCACUAGCCACCCCACAAGAGUGACUGCCACCCCACAAGAGUCACUGCCACCCCACAAGAGUGACUGCCACCCCACAAGAGUCACUGCCACCCCACAAGAGUGACUGCCACCCCACAAGAGUGACUGCCACCCCACAAGAGUGACUGCCACCCCACAAGAGUGACUGCCACCCCACAAGAGUCACUGCAACCCCACAAGAGUCACUGCCACCCCACAAUAGUCUCUACUCACUACCAUCCCAUAAGAGUCACUACCAACCAACAAAAGUCACUACCAGUACCACCCCAAAAGAGUCACUGCCACCCCACAAUAGUCACUACCACCCAACAAAAAUCACUACCACCCCACAAGAGUCAGUAUCACCCACAAGAGUCACUACCAACCCCUCCCUUACCUGGCACCACAACAAGGACCUGAUGGCAUUGUUUCUGGUCUUUUUUUAAACACUACAGAGGGUUCAAAAGAUUGUUAAUGCAAGAGGAACAUGAGAUAUGCAGGGUUUGGUUUGAAAAUAAGAGAUUUAGAGAUCAACACGGAGGCAUAAAUGUGAAGGGCACAGAAGUUACGGUUAAUCUAUAAAUUAGAUUAACCGUAAUAAAUUAAUCAAAAGUAAUAAAUUAAGUGUUGGUAAAACCCCUGAUGUAAACCUUUGUGGAUGACAGAGGGUUACAUUAGGGGUUACCUGAUACAGCCCAGAGUCUAGACUCAUUCAACAGUGUUUCCCAUUUACAGAGCUUCUGAAGGUUAGCUCUAGUUAGCAGGGUAAGAGGUGGAGUGAGCUUCCUUGCAAUAGACCAGAACAUACCUGGGCUGUCACACCUGGGUCGUCACACCUACACUUAGGCCGUCAAACCUGGGACGUCACAGAUGGGGCAUCACACAUGGGGGUCACACCUGCCGUUUACCUGCUGUGAGGGAGGGGCCUGUGUACCUGCCAUGGGGGAGGGGCCUGUGUACCUGCCGUGGGGGAGGGGCCUGUGUACCUGCCAUGGGGAGGAGCCUGUGUAGGCAUGGCACGGCCUGGUCGCAGACUAGAGACUACUUAACAACCUGUUACUGUGUCUGGAGUGUACCUAUGUUUGGGUUUUUAAUAAUAUGAAGUUUUAUUUGGAUAACAUUGUUGUAUUUUGUUAUAAUAUGAAGUGUUAAUGAUGGUUUCUUCCUGUUUGUGUGGACAAACAGAAAGAGGCAGCAAUGUUUGUCCUUAUUUUUUUGAUUCUAAUGUGUUACGUUGACAAUAAAUGUGGUGCUGCCUUGAUGUGCAGCCAUCAUGUGAA